AUGGCCUCAACAGCAGCAGGCGGCCCCGGCGACGGCGCAGCUGCUGCGACCGGCGAGCCGCAGGCGGUGGUGGCAGCAGCCGGAGCAGGCGCCGGUGUGGCACCAGCAGCGGCAGAGCAGCCCGCAGAUGUGCACCAGGCGCAGGCCAUCGAGCAGCAGCACAUGCGGGCGCAUGCCAACCGAAACGCGGCGCUUGCAAAGCAGGUUGUGCUGAAGGCCGAGGCGGUGGGCGGGUUGCCGCGGCUGGGGGAGCUGCUGGUGGAGGACAGCUGGCGCCACCUGCUGUCCUCUGAGCUGGACAAGCCCUACUUUGCUGACCUGGAGGCAUUCGUGCGCUCAGAGUGGGCCGGCAGCCAGAUGGUCUUCCCGCCAAAGGACUGCGUGUUCAGGGCGCUGAACAGCUGCCCUGUGGACAAGGUGCGGGUGGUGAUUCUGGGGCAGGACCCGUACCACGACCUGGGCCAGGCCAUGGGGCUGUCCUUCUCUGUUCCGCACGGCCGCGCUGUGCCCAGCAGCCUGCGCAAUAUGUACAAGGAGCUGAGGGAGGACCUGGGCUGCGAGGGCGGGCGGGGCGCGGUGCCCAAGCACGGCAACCUGGAGAAGUGGGCGCAUCAGGGCGUGCUGCUGCUGAACGCCGUGCUCACCGUGCGUGCGCAUAGCGCCGCCUCCCACGCCAAGAAGGGGUGGGAGAAGUUCACUGACGCCGCCAUCUCGCGCCUGUCCAAGCAGCGCAGCGGCGUGGUCUUUCUGCUGUGGGGGCGCUAUGCGCAGGACAAGGGCAAGGUGAUUGACAAGAGCAAGCACCACGUGUUGACGGCGGCGCACCCCAGCGGGCUCAGCGCCAACCGCGGCUUCUUCGGCUGCCGCCACUUCUCGCAGACCAACCGCCUGCUGGAGAAGGACGGGCAGCUGCCGAUCGACUGGUGCAUCGAGUGA